CCUUAAUCUUGUCCUCAGGUCUGUGAACUUCUGUCAGUUUUUUGACCAAACAUAGGACACAGAAGUUGUUCAAGCCUUAUGACCAGAAAUGAGCCGUCAGACUGCUACAGCACUACCUACAGGUACUUCAAAGUGUACGCCAUCACAGAGGGUGCCUGCACUGACUGGCACUACAGCUUCCAAUAAUGACUUGGCUAGUCUUUUUGAGUGUCCUGUGUGUUUUGACUAUGUGCUGCCACCAAUUCUUCAGUGUCAGAGCGGCCACCUUGUUUGCAGCAACUGUCGCCCCAAACUUACGUGCUGUCCAACUUGCCGAGGCCCCCUGGGCUCCAUUCGUAACUUGGCUAUGGAAAAAGUUGCCAAUUCUGUACUAUUCCCAUGUAAAUAUGCCUCUUCUGGAUGUGAGAUAACUUUGCCACACACAGAAAAAGCAGACCACGAGGAGCUGUGUGAGUUUAGGCCUUAUUCGUGUCCAUGUCCUGGUGCUUCAUGUAAAUGGCAAGGUUCUCUGGAUGCUGUAAUGCCACAUCUGAUGCAUCAACAUAAGUCAAUUACAACACUUCAGGGAGAGGAUAUAGUGUUCCUUGCUACAGACAUUAAUCUUCCUGGUGCUGUUGACUGGGUUAUGAUGCAGUCUUGUUUUGGCUUUCAUUUCAUGUUAGUGUUGGAGAAACAGGAAAAAUAUGAUGGUCACCAGCAGUUCUUUGCAAUUGUACAGCUGAUAGGAACACGCAAGCAAGCAGAAAACUUUGCUUAUCGACUUGAGUUAAAUGGUCAUAGGCGGCGAUUGACUUGGGAAGCAACUCCUCGAUCUAUCCACGAGGGAAUUGCAACAGCCAUUAUGAAUAGUGACUGUCUAGUCUUUGACACCAGCAUUGCACAGCUCUUUGCAGAAAAUGGCAAUUUAGGCAUCAAUGUAACUAUAUCAAUGUGUUGAAAUGGCAAUCAAACCUCUUCAGGCCAGUGUUUAAAACCGCUGCAUUUAAUUUAGCAGAAACUAGGAUAACCAUCUUUGACUGUCAGACAAAUUAUUUGGUAGACAGAAGAUAGACGUAUAUGAAGGUAAAUAAAAGGAAAGGCUGUUAAAUUGCAGGAAGCAGUUGCAUGUAGUAACACUAAUAUAUUUAAAAUAAGUCAACAGUAAACCACUGAAAAUAUAUAUACACCCAAAAUGGGCAUCUUUUGUAUUAAGAAUUGAUUCUACAGGAAAUGUUGUAAAAUAAUUCUAAAAACUUGUUUGUAGAUUGAUUGUACUGUUGAAAAGGAUACUGUUUCGUGUUUUUGUUUGUGUUUUUUUCCUCCUCCUUUGACUGACAAGCCAUGUUGAGCGGUCUGAUCUCUGGCCGCUGCUUUUUCCCCCACCUUUGUAAGUCACUACAUAGUAUUGCUGCUGUUUGUGUAUAUUUUUUGUGUAUUUGCUAAUUUUUAUUAACUUCUAGUUUUUCAUUAAAUAAAUAUGACUUUCUUUUCUGUAAUUCAGGUUUUCUCUUUUUUGUAUCUUUUUAAAAUUAAUUACAAGUGUCAUCUUUUGAUAUGCAUUAUUGCUAUGGUAAAACUUAUAUUUCUGUAUGUUUGGUAAAUUUUGUCUCUUUCCAGUAGUCAGUUCAUUGGUGAUACUGUUCUUAAUUGAGCUAUUUUGUGAAUGUAUUGAGCUCGAAAGGAGUAAUUAUGUUCAAGAUGUGUUGGGAAAGAAGGCUCCUUUAAAAACAGUCUAGAUGUUGUUGUACUUUGAGUUAUAUCUUCUAACAAAAAUGAAGAAUUAUUAAGAUUUUUCCAAAUUUAAAAGAAGAAAUUCACAUUUCAAAUUUAAAGAUGCUUAGAAACUCAGUUGCAUCCUUGUAUGUGUUGGUUUUUCAGUACAAAGAAGGUAUUGUCUUACACAGUGUUUGUAACUAUAAAACCAGACCAUUUAUUAUUUUUUUUUUUUAAAAAAAGGCAGUCAGAAUGAGAUGUUUUCAGUCUUUUUAUAUUUGUCAUUAAAAGAAUACCUAGCAAAUUAAAAACAAUUUUGCUUUUGCUUUAGCUCAAAGUUUGACACAUUAAUACUAUUGCUCAGUUUCUUGUCCUCAUGUCUUUUGGUUGCUACUAAUGAAAGUAAUUUUCUUGAACUGAUCUUGUAUAUCAUUGUAGUGAUAUGAUAUACAGUAAAAUGCAAAUAAUUUCUUACAGGUAUAAUUCACCAGCCAUAAAGGCUUUUGUAGGAUAUUGGGCUUUAUGCAGUUGCCUAUAUGUGAAAAUUUUACCAUGAAUGUAUAUGGUAUGCGUGUUAUAAAACAUGGAGGCAGAAAAAGGAGCAAGCUGAAAAACUGUUAUAUCUCAAGCUAUUUGAAAGAAACCUUUGUCAAACCUAGUAAUUAUGGACAUCUGUUUGGAGAGGUAGUCUGGCUAUUAACUACUUUUGUAACACAUUAAAAUACAGUUUAUUUACUGUG